UUUGCAACAGUCUACAUAUAUACGUACAUAUAAACAGAACCGCUCCCACUCAAAACAUUGCUUUACCACCUAUAAGACUCGCUCGAAAAGUCCAGCACUAAUCGACUCAUCUAACUAAAAUUGCAGGUAAAUUUUCAACUAUGGUAUCUUUGGUAGGAAACUAUCAACAUGAGAAAAAUGAAAAUCUUGAUGAAUAUUUCAAAGCUAUUGGAGUACCAUACAUAGCUAGAAAAAUGAUGGGGGUAACUAGUCCAAGACUAGAAAUUCAGAAAAGUGAUGAUGACCAUUGGACUAUUCGUACAAUCACAAUGUUGCGUACAAUUGAGUUAGUUUUCAGAAUAGGAGAAGAAUUUGAGGAAUCAAUGCCAGGUGGAAUUACAUUAAAAAAUGUGGCUUCUUUAGAAGAAGAUGAAAGUAUAGUUAUAAAUUGUAAAGGACCAAAUGAUGUAAAAGUUGUUCGAAAAUAUGAACUCAAAGAUGAUCAGAUAAUAUUGACUAUGACUCAUGAGAAGAGUGGACAAGUUGCCAAAAGAUAUUUUAAAAAAAUCUCACAAGACUAAAUAUGGCUGUUGAUGUCUUAUUAAAAAGUAUUUAAUAUUGGUGUCUAUUGUGGCUUUCGAUGUCUUUUACAGUUCAGAAAAUUUUAUUAUAUUCAUAAUGAUUUUAAUU